AUGUCAUCAUCAUCUACAACAUCAACAGCAGAAUCACCAUCAACAUCAAGUGAAAUACUUGCAAAACUACCACAGAACAUUGCAUUGAUUUUCGCAAAAGAAGACGAUGAGUAUACUAUUGUCGAUUACAUAACUCUAAUGGAGUAUAUUUUUGUUACCAGUGCGAAAUCGGACAUUUCCUAUCUUUAUACUUGUCUAACGAAACUGUAUUUCCAACUAUUAAAAGCGAAUAGUAAUUACAAUCAUGAAGAUGAAAAUGAACAAUCCAAUGGUAGUGGUAUCAAUGAAGUUCAUCUAAAUGCAUUCAAACAAUUGCUAUUGGUUCUACCAAAGAAUGGUAUUGCACUCAUUGAUUCAUCAUUACAAUUGUCGUUUGCAAGAUGUUAUUACUUGGUUUUGUUACUUUCCUGUCAAUCGAGUGAUGCCGAAGUUGUGGUGGACAACGGUGACCAUGGUCAACUCUCGAAAUACAAUCAACUUCUCAAUGAAACGAUUGAAGCGAUCGAUGAACAUGUCAAAAAUAACGUGAAGGAGUAUCUCUAUGGUGCUCAUUUCUUCUAUCAAAUGGCAAAGAACGCUGCUUAUUUCAAGUUGAAAUCAUCAUCAACAACAUCAUCUUCAUCAAGUGACGAAUCAUCAUCGUCACCACCAUUGGAGAGUUGGUUCCAUUCAGCUGUUAAAAUUCAUAGAAUUUCUUACAAAAUCGAGCAUGAAGAGGAGUUGGAAGCGUUCUGUGAGUAUCUCGCUCAGUUGCAAGACGAUGGAGACGUUGAUCAACAAUCUGCUAUCACCAUGAUGCUUUGUGCAUCGGUGUUGGAGAUCAGUGAACGUUGCAUUCUUAACAUAACACAGCAAACACAGCAAAUGCAAGAUGUAAUGAGACAGGUGCUUCUUCAACUCUCUAUGGGAUCGCUGUUUUACAAGUCCGACUUUGAGACGAUAUUUCCAAAGAUUCGAAAAGCAUUGAUAUUCGUUGCUGUCAGAAACGACGAUCUCUCACAGAAGCAACAAUCGUUUGAACAGUUUACACAAGGUUUGAAUAUGUACACCAAUUACAUUCAGAUCGAAGCUGACAAUGCAAAAGAGUUUCUCGAUGCCAAGCGAGAGGAACUUGCCAAACUCGAAAUCGAUUAUAACAAGGUUAAAGAUAUAAUAUCAACAUCAACAACAUCAACAUCAACAGAAAAAGAUAAUAAUAAUGAUAAUAAUCAAUUGGUUGACAAUGUAGAUAUUAAACAUUUCAUUGAAACCUAUCAUUCAAAAGAUGAUGAAGAUGAAGAUGAAAAAGAAGAAAAUAAGAAACAAGAGAAUGAUAAUCUAUCUAUUGAAAAUAGAAUUAAAGAGAUCCAUUCAAAGAGUAAAAGUGAAAUACUCGAAAGAAUCAAUGUAUACCAAUGGGUAUCGAAUGUUUUCACUGAUACCAACGCUGUUAGACAUAGAUACGAAGGUUAG